UUCGCGACUUUUGGUGCAUCGCGAUGAUCGCAACGGAGCGUCGGCCGUUCAGCUCAUCGCGUUUAUGUUGUUGAACCCGCGUGGCCGCCAACAUGACGGGCAAGCAGUGUCAGCCGGAUGACAGCGAGGACAAUCAAUCGCGGAUAAAGCUGAUAGCGGACAAACGCAGGCUCUUGGAGGACAAGUCCGCCCAGGUGGAGGCAGAAAUCAGAAGCUGUUUCGAUGACCUAACGAAACUCCUGCGAUCCAGGGAGAAGCAGCUGCUGCGUCAAGCCGAGGCCAUCCACAGACAGCAACUCUCGCUGAUAGAAACUUCAUUGGAUUUUCUACCGUCGUCGGUGGCAGUCCUGAACGACAGGAGCAAGCUAGAGGAACAAAUACGCCAGUUUGGUAAUAUCGAGACACACGGAUCCAACGGUAUUACAGUAAAGGAUGUGGAGCCGUAUAAAGUUGCGGAUUAUCAAGACGCCAAUAAGGACCAUGUUAGUUUCGACAAAUCGAUCACUAAAAAAUCAGACCAAAAAGCCAGAGAUCGUCUGAGCCUGCCGCGUUGCAAGGAUUUGAUAUCCGACUACAGGACCGUGCGUAUUUCAAGCCUGCCUUCCACGUUCCUCGCCGAUAAUCAGUUGAGAGACUCGCGGAGCGUAAAGGCCAAUGCGUUGAAGAUCGUCAAAGACACCCUAUCCAUAUCGGGAUGCUCGCCGCUUUUGAUUAUAAAACGCAAACUCGGCCUGACACACGUGUCCUUAGACGGACUACACGCUUUCGACAAAACGUAUUCGCGGAACGUGCAGUCCUUCGGGAUGUCUUGCAAAACUACGGAAACCUGCGAGCUAGAUGCGUUGACGCACAAAUCGAUUGAAACUAAUUUGCGAGAAUUUGACGAGAAAGUCUUGGAUCAGGACGAUUCUGAAUCAAUUGGACGCCCGAAGGAACGUGAGAGAAGCUACGAGCAUCCGAUACAGGUGCAACAAUGGUUGCAGCAAAUACUCGCGGAGACCGAGAUAGAGCCGGCGAUUCACGAAAUCGGACAGUUUUCAGAGAUAUCCAAGGCAAAGCUCUGCAAUAACGAGCUGUAAUCCUAUUCGCCGAUCGAAUUAGACAUUCUUGCGUUGUGUUUCAAUUGGGGGCCAAAGUUUCCAAAAUCAUGGAAAGCAAACUGAAAAGGCUGAUCUACCUUAGAACUGCAUGCCCUGAUACUUUUAAUUUAUACAAAUCUCUUGUAAAAUAAAUUGGAAGGACGUUCUUACAUCGUAGUUUUUCCGUGAUCGUAGUAGAGGAACGUGAGAAAGGAUACCAAAUUUGAAUGACAAAGAAAGAAGGAAAAGAAGAGAGAGAGUAAAAGAUUUAUUGUGUACAUCGAUAAAGUUUAGUACCUCUGCCACAGAUGCUUAAUGUGUAGUCCUUGUUCAUACAACGAAUACUUCGCCGUUCUUGAUACAACAGACAACGUGGUUAGUGCCCUCUCGAAAAAAUGUUGUGCUUA